AUGAUUUUUUCUGCUUAUUUAUUGGUCACAGAAUUUAUUAUUAGCGUGUUAGAACUCAUUUUCUCUGUCUUUAUCAUUUCGGGAGCUUUUGUAUUCUACCAACACCUCUAUUUCUUUCUAUCUCUUUACUGUCUUUCUUUCUUUCUUUCUUUCUGUUUCUUUUUUUUGUCUAAUUUCUGUCGCUUUUAUUUCUUUCUUUCUUUAUUUUUGUCUCUUCUUUGUCUCUUUCUUUCUUUCUCUUUUCUGCUUUUGUCGCCCAUUCUUUCUGUCUCUUUUUUGUUUAUUUCUUUCUUUUUGUCUAAUUUCUCUCUCUUUUCUUUCUUUCUUUCUUUCUUUCUUUCUUUCUUUCAUUCUGUCUCUUUUCUUUCUUUCUUUCUUUCACUCUGUCUCUUUUCUUUCUUUCUUUCUUUCUUUCUUUCUUUCAUUCUGUCGCUUUUCUUUCUUUUUUCCUGUUUCUUUUCUGACUCUUUUCUUUCUUUCAUUCUUUCUUUCUCUCUUUUUUGUUUUUCUUUCAUUCUUUCUUUCUUUCUGUCUUUUUUGUUUUUCUUUCUUUUUCCCUGUCUAUCUAUCUAUCUUAUCUGUCUGUCUGUCAGUUAUUCUGUCUUUUUCUUAUCUGCCUCCCUGCCUCCCUUAAUCUAUCUAUCUAUCUAUCUAUCUAUCUAUCUAUCUAUCUAUCUAUCUAUCUAUCUAUCUAUCUAUCUAUCAUCUUAUCUCCGUCUAUCUAUCUAUCUAUCUAUCUUAUCUGUCUGUCAGUCUGUCUUUUUCUCAUCUGCCUCCCUUAAUCUAUCUAUCUAUCUAUCUAUCUAUCUAUCUAUCUAUCUAUCUAUCUAUCUAUCUAUACACACACAAAGACACACACACACUCACACACAUAUAUACACUGAUAGAUAG